AUGACACAGAGCAAAAUUUCCGGUGCGAUUACGACGCGUUCCCGCUGAGAUGGCGAACCUGGCGGCCCAGCUCGCCGCGGUGCUGCAGGCCUGCAUCAAGCGGAGCGGCGGCGGCCCCAAGCCCAGCCGCACCCACGCGAAGGCCGCGCACGCGCGCGUCCUCGCCGCCGGCCUCGACGCCGACACCUUCCUCCUCAACCGCCUCGUCGAGCUCUACUCCCUCUCCGGCCUCCCAUGCCACGCGCUCCGCGCCUUCCGCUCGCUGCCCAACCCCAACAUCUACUCCUACAACGCCGCGAUCUCCGCGGCGUGCCGCGCGGGGGACCUCGCCGACGCCCGGGUCCUGCUCGGCGGAAUGCCAGAACGGAACGCCGUCUCCUGGAACACCGUCAUCAGCGCAAUCGCGCGGUCUGAGCGCCCCGGGGAUGCGCUGGGGCUGUACCAAGGGAUGUUACAGGAGGGCCUCGCGCCGACGCACUUCACGCUCGCCAGCGUGCUGAGCGCGUGCGGCGCCGUGGCCGCGCUCGAGGACGGGAGGCGCUGCCACGGGCUCGCCGUCAAGGUCGGGCUUGAUGGGAACCAGUUCGUCGAGAACGCGCUCCUCGGCAUGUACACCAAGUGCGGGAGCGUCGCCGAUGCGGUCAGGCUGUUCGACGGGAUGGCUCACCCGAACGAGGUGUCCUUCACGGCGAUGAUGGGAGGGCUGGCACAGAGCGGCUCCGUCGAUGACGCGCUGAGGCUGUUCGAGCGUAUGAGCCGGAGCGGGGUUCGUGUUGAUCCGGUGGCUGUCUCCAGUGUUCUUGGCGCGUGCGCACAAGCUUGCGCUGGUGAGUACAACGCCGGUCGUGCAAUUCGGCUUGGACAGUCCAUCCAUGCGUUGGUGGUCAGGAAAGGGUUUGGAUCAGACCAGCACGUGGGGAACUCAUUGAUCGAUAUGUACGCAAAAUGCAUGGAGAUGGACGAGGCCAUGAAAGCCUUUGAGACGAUGCCCAGCGUCAGUAUUGUUUCUUGGAACAUCCUUAUAACUGGAUAUGGUCAGGUGGGUUGCUAUCAGAAGGCCAUGGAAGUGCUGGACCUUAUGCAAGAGUCAGGUUUUGAGCCCAAUGAGGUCACUUACAGUAACAUGCUUGCUUCUUGUAUUAAGGCGAGGGAUGUCCUGUUUGCUCGUGCAAUGUUUGACAAAAUAUCGAAGCCAAGUGUGACUACAUGGAACACUCUGUUAUCUGGCUACUGCCAGGAGGAACUGCAUCAAGACACGAUCGAGUUGUUUAGGAGGAUGCAACAUCAAAAUGUGCAGCCUGACCGGACAGCUUUGGCUGUGAUCCUCAGUUCAUGCUCUAGAUUAGGAAUUUUGGAACUGGGCAAGCAAGUGCAUUCUGCUUCAGUAAGAUUAUUGCUUCAUGAUGACAUGUUUGUCGCUAGUGGUCUGGUGGAUAUGUAUUCAAAAUGUGAUGAGGUUGGUAUUGCUCGGAUCAUUUUCGACAGGAUGACCGAGAGAGACGUGGUGUGUUGGAAUUCCAUGAUCUCAGGUUUGGCUAUUCAUUCUUUGAAUAAAGAGGCCUUUGAUUUCUUCAAGCAGAUGAGGGAAAAUGGGAUGUUCCCCACAGAAUCCUCCUAUGCUAGUAUGAUCAAUUCAUGUGCUAGAUCGUCUUUGAUACCUCAAGGUAGGCAGACACAUGGACAGGUUGUAAAAGAUGGUUAUGAUCAGAAUGUCUAUGUUGGCAGUGCCCUGAUCGAUAUGUAUGCGAAAUGUGGCAACAUGGAUGAUGCACGCCUUUUCUUUGACUGCAUGAUGAUGAAGAACAUAGUUGCAUGGAAUGAGAUUAUACAUGGAUAUGCUCAGAAUGGUUGUGGAGAUAAAGCUGUCGAGUUGUUUGAGUAUAUGUUAACCACAAAACAGAAGCCAGACAGUGUGACUUUCAUUGCUGUCCUAACGGGGUGUAGUCACUCUGGGCUGGUUGAUAAAGCCAUUACAUUCUUUAAUUCCAUGGAGAGCGGCUAUGGGGUUACUCCAUUGGCUGAGCACUACACUUGUCUCAUAGAUGCACUGGGGCGAGCUGGUCGUCUUGUUGAAGUGGAGUCCCUAAUAGAUAAAAUGCCAUACAAAGAUGAUCCUAUAGUGUGGGAAGUUCUGCUUGCUGCUUGUGUGGUACACGACAAUGCUGAAUUGGGGGAAUGUGCGGCGAAGCAUCUGUUCCGCCUUGACCCAAAGAAUCCAUCACCUUAUGUGCUUCUAUCAAACAUAUAUGCUUCCUUGGGCAGACAUGGUGAUGCAUCGGCUGUUAGGGCACUGAUGAGUAGUCGUGGAGUUGUGAAAGGUCGUGGAUACAGCUGGGUAGAUCACAAGGAUGGUGUUCGUGCCUUUAUGGUAGCUGAUGACCUUGGAACGAAUGCUGUAGAAUCCACAAUGUUCAGUGAUCAAGACUACACUUUUGGAAUCACAGAAGUGCACCAAGAGGAGACCUGUGCUUGCUGAUUCGACAUCUGCAUCAUGCAGGACUACAACUUGCGCAUGGUCCGAAGGUUUGGCAGCAAAAAUACGGAAGGCAGAAUACCUAUUGCAGAUUAGGUGCAAAGACAACUACAUGCUGGAUGGCUUGGUUCAUUUCAUCAGUUCCUGGCUUCCCGCCCCAUUAUGAGAGUAAGUUAAAAUCUAUCUGAAUGGAGCAUCGGAUGAAAUGCAACAGUUGUUUUAGAUGUACAAUAAGUGAAAAUGUAUAAGCUCUAAAGGUACCAUAUUUUCUUCGACAUCACAAGCACUCUGUAAUUCUCCUUAGCCUUAAAUAUUUUUAGUACAGUAAUGGUCUUAUUGUAGCAGAUGGCGUCUUUUGAUUACAACUUACAUGUACUGGAGAGCAGACAGAUCUAUUUUCUGUACUGAAGUCACUCUUAGUAUCAAUUACUCGAACACAAGCAAUCACUUUUCAA